UUAAAUGCAAAAUUAAGGUCGGUGGCAAUUUUUCGAAAAACAUACAUAAAUUGUCAUAAACAAAACAAUCAAUGCUAUUCAUAGUUUUAUGUUUCAUGUAUAAAGGAGUAAGCAUAUGAAACAUAUUUUCAAUCGGUAAAAAGAAAACCAUACGUUCGUACAGUAUUUUUGUGGAAUUUAUACAACAUUUGCUUUUGUAAUAUUUCGGGGGAAAAACACGCACCGACUAUGAGAUUACGACCAUCAGAAAUAUUCUAUUCUCAAGAUUCUAUAAGCAGCGAGUUUGAUGAUGGUACAACAAUAGGUGAAACCGUCGACGAUAUUAACAAUGGCAUAACCGACAUUUCUGAGAUACCAAAUAUUUCGGUGGCCAAUAUUGGUGGGAAAUGGUUUACAGCCGACAACAGGCGACUUUGGGUGUUUCGUAAACUUGAAGACAUCGGAAUGUGUGACAGGAUACAUGUUCGUGUAGUGAACAAUAUACCGUCGCACAAAAUGACUACAGAAAAUGGAGGCGUUGAUAUCGAGGUCCGUGGCUCACCGGGAGGAACAUGGAACUGAAAUCUCAAUAUUUGACUAUAGAAAAUAUGUUAUUACUAUUUACCAAUUAAUGUGUCUGUGAUAAAAAAAAACUAUUAUGCAAUAUAUCACCUGUAUAUAUAUAUAAUAAUAUAAUAUAGUGUUAACUAUCAAAGAACCGAAAGUACAUAAUUCAUACUUCACAUUGUUUGCCUGUUUAUUUUUCAAAAAUGUUGAUCUAUUUGUGUCAACGUUUAUCAAAUGAUAUAUCGGGAACAUUUAAAAUGCAAUGCCCAUGUUUAAAGGUAUUCAACACUGUUUAUCAUGUACAGGAAUUUUUACAUAGAUUUUAUCUAAACUUUGUUAAUAGUUUUAGUCGUUAUAUGUGUCAAUCAUUUCAAGUGUUCUUUUUUUCUGAAAUUAUUGUUAUUAUGAGACACAUUUAGCCAUCAGUAUUUUGAGAUAAAUGGCUAUUAUGUUGCAUUUCAGAAAAAGAAAUGCACAAAAUAAAGUUGCAAAAAUUAUAUGUUUAUUGAACGCGUAAAACUGUGGAGAAUCCCUUAAUUUCUAAUAUUAGAUUUCUUUUUCUUGAUAUGCAAAUUUGUCACAUGAUGUUAACUCAUAAAAGUAUAAGUCAACAGUUUAUUACUAAAUAAAAACAAUAUAAGACAAAAAUUAUGAGUGCAUGCUAUAAUGUAUGUACAUAUGGGGACUGUUAAGAAAAGUUGUUUCAUCAUUACUACCCUUGAAAAUGACAUUUUUAUCAAGAUGUUUUCACCUGCCUGAAACGGUUACAAUUUCUGACUUUAUAAAUUCCUGUUUAAGAUUUAAUAGCAGAUUCCUGUUCAUGGUACCUGUAAGUGCAAAAAGAUAUACAUUAUGUAUGUUAAUGCAGGAUAAAAAUAGAUAAUAUAUUAUAUUUUCCGAAAAUACGCAACAUGUAUAAACUGUUUAUAAAUAGACAUUCUUUGCAUACGUUAUGACUUAUUAGUGAAUUAAGUGUAGACAGUAAGAGUUCCCUAAAACUAAAAAAAAUCGCGUAUGCAUUGUAAACGACAAGGGACAGAAUCAUGAGGAAACAAAAGCAAGAAAAAAAUAUCAUUGAAGGAAGGAAUAAUUAAGAUACGAAAAGUAAAGCGCAUAAUGUGUGUUAUUUUUAUCAAGCGGGAAAGCACGCUAACAAAAUAUACAUUUGGGGUAUUCCAGCGAUAAGGAAACUUAAGUUUCUCGGUCAGUUUUGCUGAAAAGCAGAACAUAAAUAACUCAUCUUAAUAACUUGACAAAACAACAAUCAAAAUGAAGUUACGGCCGUCGAAAAUACGUUAUUCUCAGGAUUCUAUUAGUAACACUUUCGAUAUACGAAGUGAUCAUCCGUGUAUUAGGAUCGGAGAAACACUAGACGAACUUUGUGAUGGCAUAACGGAUAUUGAUGAGAUACCAACAAUUUCGGUAGCGGAAAUUGGCGGGAAAUGGUUCACAGCAGACAACAGGCGACUUUGGGUUUUUCGCAAGCUUGAAGAACUUGGAAAAUGUCGAAAAAUUCCAGUUGAUGAAGUAGAUGACAUUCCGUCUUCGAAAAUGACAACAGAAAAUCGAGGUGUUGAUAUAGAGGUCCGAGGAUCGCCGGGAGGACGUUGGAUUAGAAAACUUGAAGAUUCAGAUACAAGUUCCGAAGAGGAAAGCAGCGAUGAUGACGACUUAUACGGUCAGUUCGGAUCAUGGAAAAUAUGACAAGUGAUGCAAUGUGUAUUUCUACAAAAAUUAUGUAUUUAUUAUAUCAGUGUGUGUAUGUGAUAACUAGCUGUGAUAAGUUUUUGAUUUUGUAUUAAGUUUAAUUGCUUGGAUUUUUAAUAUUGUAGAAACAGUAUAUACAUUUUCAUUGUAAUAGUUUUAACCAAUUUACUAAAUAAAAAGAAGUGUUAAAUGUUA